AGACAAGAAUAUCGGGUUUUGAAUUUAGCAUUGAACGUUGCUCGGACACAGCGUCCAGGGGCUCCCGCCCCCGCUGGACGCCCCCGGCAUGGAUGCCAUCCAGCAGCUGCUGCGUCCCAGGCGCCACCUCCUCUGGGGGCUGCUGCUCCAGCUGCUGUUGGCCCUGUGUUUCUUCUGCUACCUGCGAGUGUCACAAGACAACCCCAGCAGGCCUCCCAGGGCAGGGGACCGCAGCAGGGAACCUGUCCCCGGCACUCCCAAUGGGUCAGCAGAGCCAGCCACCGCCCGGAGCCCCGGGGCUGACGGGUCCCUCCGGAUCCUCCUGUGGACGUGGCCCUUCCACACCCCUGUGCCUCUGUCCCGUUGCUCCGAGCUGCGGCCGUCAAUGGCCGAUUGCCGGCUGACCACCAACCGCAACGAGUACCCCUGGGCGGACGCGGUCAUCGUGCACCACCGGGAGGUCAGCCUCUCGCCUCGCGCGCAGCUGCCGCCCUCCCCGCGGCCGCCGGGCCAGCGCUGGGUGUGGUUCAGCAUGGAGUCGCCCAGCAACUGCAAGCAGCUACGGGCCCUGGACGGGCUCUUCAACCUCACCAUGUCCUACCGCAGCGACUCCGACGUCUUCACGCCCUACGGCUGGCUGGAGCCGCGGCAGGGCCCGCCCGAGCGCGCGGGGCUCAACCUCUCGGCCAAGACGGAGCUGGUGGCCUGGGUGGUGUCCAACUGGAGGGCGGACUCGGCCAGGGUGCGCUACUACCAGCAGCUGCGCGCGCACCUCCCGGUGCACGUGUACGGCAGGGCGCACCAGCCGCUGCCCGCCGAGGCCCUGGCGCGGCGCCUGGCGCAGUACAAGUUCUACCUGGCCUUCGAGAACUCGGUGCACCGCGACUACAUCACCGAGAAGCUGUGGCGCAACGCCCUGCGGGCCGGCGCCGUGCCGGUGGUGCUGGGCCCGGACCGGCGCAACUACGAGCGCUUCCUGCCUCCCGACGCCUUCAUCCACGUGGAGGACUUCCCGGGCCCCGCCGGCCUGGCGCGCCACCUGCGGGAGCUGGACCGCGACCACACGCGCUACCUGGGCUACUUCCGCUGGCGGGAGAGCCUGCAGCUGCGCUUGGGCAGCUGGGCCCAGGCUUUCUGCAAGGCCUGUUGGCGCCUGCAGCAGGACUCCAGGUACCAGACGGUGCCCAGCAUCGCCUCUUGGUUCACCUGAGCCGGCCCGCCACCGAGCUGCAGCGGGGCCUGGACCGUGGCCCCUGGGCAUCUCUGCAGGCCCGAACCCAGGCUCCAGGGGCCGCACCUGCUAGGGCCUUGGCUGGCUGGGGACCUGCGACCAGAAGCCUUGCCCCACUGGACGCUACCGGCUAGCAGCCUGGCCUGUGGUGACCCGGGCUGCCAGGAACCUUGCCCACACUGACCCCGGGUCCUGCCCUUUGGUGAUGGUACUGCCUG